AUGGAGCUGCCCAAAACCUUGUCGUGGCUAGGAGCGCGGGCCGUGGCCUGCAGCCUGCGCAGCGCCCUGGCCUCCUGCCCGCCGGGGCCCUGGGUGCCAAGCGCUGCCGCUAUCCGCGCGCUGCGCACUGGAUCCGCUGUGCAGUCAAUGCGUAAAUUCGCAGAGAAACACGAAUGGAUAACCACAGAGAAUGGUAUUGGAACAGUGGGAAUCAGCAAUUUUGCACAGGAAGCUUUGGGAGAUGUUGUUUACUGUAGUCUGCCUGAAGUUGGGACAAAAUUGAAAAAACAAGAUGAGUUCGGUGCUUUGGAGAGUGUGAAGGCCGCCAGUGAACUCUACUCCCCUCUGUGGGGAGAGGUGACCCAAGUCAACGAGGCUCUUGCAGAAAACCCGGGGCUCAUCAACAAAUCCUGUUAUGAAGAUGGUUGGCUGAUCAAGAUGGCACUGAGUGACCCUUCAGAGCUGGAUGAUCUAAUGAGUGAAGAAGCCUAUGAAAAGUAUGUGAAAUCCAUUGAGGAAUGA